AUGGGGCCGAGCCCGUCCGUGGCUGCGUCGACGCGUGGCACUGCUCGUGACCGCCACGCGUCGGCGUUUCUCCUUCGAGGCGCCCACAGGUCCCGAGCACGGCGGAGGAGCGUCGUGCCUUUCUAUAGUAGCAGCCGUGCUCUCCGGGCGGUGCAUCGCGUGAAAGACGCCACGCCGCUGUUCGCCUUGCGGACUCUUCAACCCCGCCUUCGCGUCAACUCCCCUGACAUCCACCUGAACGUCGCUGAGUCGCCGGCACGCUGCCCCAUCCACACGAGACCCUACAGCCAUUUCUCUUUUCGCCAACCCUCUCAUCGUCUCGCCUCCGCCUCUCUCGCGCGCCCACCCGCCGUAUCUGUAAUUGCGGCGAUGGCUCAUCAUGCGCGCAAGGGGGUGUCCGCAGGUGCCGCUGCGCGGAGCAGCGCGCGCUGCCUCCGCCAGCUCCGUCCGCGGAGACCGCGGGUGGCAGCGCGGCAGGCGGUGCUGCGGCUGGCGCUGGCGGCAGCGGCGGUCGUGGUGGUGGGCGCGAUAUCGGUGGCGGUGGGCGGCAGUGGUGACGCCGCCGUGACGCGCGCAGGCGAGUCGCAAGCCACAACAGCAGCGUUACUCGACGCACUCAACCUCACGCGCUCGCCCAUCACAGCGCUCUUUGUGUUUGGCGACUCCUUGGUGGACGUGGGCAACAACAACUACGGCACGUACCGCUUCCUGCGCGCCGACCUGCCGCCCUACGGCAUGAGCUACAUCGAAGGAUCGGGGCGCUUCUCCGAUGGCCGCCUGCAGAUCGACUUUUUAGGUGCGUGGCGCUGCCGUCGCCUGCAGAUUGACUUCCGCGGUGCGUGCCGCUGCCAUGGCGGUAGGGCUUGUGAGGGCGGCGGUGCGGGCGGGUUGCGCGAUGGAGGAACGGAGGAGAGGGAAGGGCCUGCCAUUUUUACUUCGCCUCCCCUCCCUUCCUUCCAUAAACUCCCCUCCCUCCCUUCCCCUCCUCCCCCCCCUCCGUCCCCCCCCUCCCCUCCCUCCCCUCCCUUCCCUCCCUCCUCUCCAUCCUCUCCCCAACCCCCUCCCUCCCCUUCCCCCUCUCCCUCCCUUCCUCCCCUUCCUACCCUCCCCCCCUCCCCCCCCCUCCCCCCCCCCUCCCCCCCCUCCCCCCCCUCCCACCACUUCCUUCCGCCCAUCCCUCGCUGCUCCCCAUCUCCCUCAGCGCGCUAUCUGGGGCUGCCCUCGCCGCCCCCAGUGCUACAGCCGGGGCGCAGCGCCACUCGCGGGCUCAACUUCGCCAGUGCGGGGCCGGGCGUGCUCCACUCCACCAACCCGGGCCAGGUGCGUGCUGGCAACGUGGGGCACGCGGGGCCCACCCUGGUGGAUCGGGCCCAGCCUGGUGGGUCGGGGCUGGGCAGAGUGGAUGGGAUGUGGCCUCUUGCUCCUUGCUUUCACCUCUGCCCACCACAGCACCUCUGCCCACCACAGCACCUCUGCCCACCACAGCCCUCCUUCAACCCCGUUGCUUCUCACUCAUUCUGCUUCACGCUGCUUGCGUUUCUCCCCCUCCCCCUCUCACUGCUCCCUCCCUAUUAUUUCGUCUCUCGUCAGGCGUUCCCGCUGUCCUUCCAGCUGGGAAAGUUCCGGGAAGUGCACGCAGCGGUGGUGGGGCAGGGCAGUGGGAGCAACGAGUCUGCUGCCACGAAUUCGAAUGGUGGUGAUGCUGGGAGCGUGGGGGGCGGCACCAGCAGCAGCAGCAGCGGGGAGAGCUUGCCAGACAAGAGCGUACACCUCCAUCCCCCACUUCUGCCCUCCUUCGCCCCCCACAUCCCUCCCUCCACCUCUCCCAUCCCCUCUCCAAUCAAUCGCCACAGCUCUCUACGUGGUGCAGGUAGGGGCCACUACCUCUAUCUGCUGUCGCACCUCAACAUUCCUCCUAUGCCACAAUCCUGCACAUCUCCGUCCCUCCCCUCCCCUCUCCCCAACCCCCUACAGGCGCUCACCGCAGCGCUGUACGUGGUGCAGAUCGGGUCCAACGACUACCUCUAUCUGCUGUCGCACCUCAACAUUCCUCCUAUGCCACAAUCCUGCACAUCUCCGUCCCUCCCCUCCCCUCUCCCCAACCCCCUACAGGCGCUCACCGCAGCGCUGUACGUGGUGCAGAUCGGGUCCAACGACUACCUCUAUCUGCUGUCGCAGCUCAACAUGGGGCUCGUCCCCAACAUCCCCACCUCCCUCCCCCCCCGCAACGCCACUCGCCCUCGUCUGUUCAGCAACGCCUCCUCUCUUCCGCCCAUGCCCGACGCCUCCUCUCUUCCGCCCAUGCCCGACGCCUCCUCUCUUCCGCCCAUGCCCAACGCCUCCUCGCUGCCUCGCAUGCUCAACACCACCGUUCUGCCACCGCUUCCCUUCAACUCCACAGCCCUAUCAUCCGCCGCCAUAGCCUCUGUCUCCUCUGCCGCUUCGGCUGCCUCUGCUGCCUCUGCUGCCUCUGCCUCCUCUGCUGCCUCUGCUGCCUCUGCCUCCUCUGCUGCCUCUGCCUCCUCUGCUGCCUCUGCUGCCUCUGCCUCCUCUGCUGCCUCUGCUGCCUCUGCCUCCUCUGCUGCCUCUGCCUCCUCUGCUGCCUCUGCUGCCUCUGCUGACUCCAUAAGGUCAAGAGCAGCCGCCCGCCUGCGCAGGGCCGGGACUCGUGGCGCGCUGCCAUUGGAGGAGGCAGUGAGCCGCCCGCCACAGUCGGUGACGGACAGGCUGGCCUCCCUGGGGCGGUUCUCAGCAGCGCUGGGAGGCACCGUUGCUGCCUCCACCCAGGGCACCGUUGCUGCCUCCACCCAGGGCACCGUUGCUGCCUCCACCCAGGGCACCGUUGCUGCCUCCACCCAGGGCACCGUUGCUGCCUCCACCCAGGGCACCGUUGCUGCCUCCACCCAGGGCACCGUUGCUGCCUCCACCCAGGGCACCGUGGAUGCCGUGCAGGCGCUGUACAGCAUGGGGGCGCGGCGCUUCCUGGUGUACCUGCUGCCGCCCAUCACAUGCGCGCCCACACUCAUGCAGGCGCUGGGCCAGCGCACGUGCUCCGCGUCGCCGCUCACUGCCGUGCCCCUCGCCCACAACGCGCUGCUCUCAGCGGGGCUGCAAGCGCUGCAGGCGCGCCUGCCAGGCAUCGUCAUUCUCACGGCGGACGUCGGGGGGUUUGUGACGCGCGCUGUGGAGCAGCCAGAGGCGCUGGGCUUCACCAGCGGUCCGGAGGCGUGCUGCGGCGCCCCGGCACCGCUGAACGGGCUGGUGCAGUGCGGGCGCACGGCUCUGGUGAACGGCACCCCCACGCCGUACACGCUGUGCCGCCGCCCCUCCCAGCACGUCUUCUGGGACGCCUUCCACCCCUCCCAACGCCUCAACCACCUCCUCGCCGCCCGCGUGUGGCACGGCGCUGUGGGCGGAUGGGGGGCUGAUGAGGGGGAUGCGGGGAAUGAGGGGGGUGAAGGGGAUGGUGCGGAUGAAGGGUUGGGUGAUGUGGGUGAGGAUGAUGGUGGCAGUGGAGUUUUUAUGCGUCCUGUUGGGCUGAGAGCACUCGCAAGAUAUUUGUCACGCGCGGGGCCACGCAUUGCCCUCUUGCUCAUAGUAGCCGUAGCGCACGUCGCGGCGAGUCCACUUGCGACGCUCCGUCGCGUGGAGAUCGUCUCAGGCGAUACAGCCGCAACGGCUGAAAGAGUCGGCACGGCUGCUACAGCUGUAUCCAGCCAUCGCCGGAGUGCGCUAAAGACAGCCGUCGUCGAGUUGUCGCCGCCGCCACCCGUAGCGCCUUCGACUCCUGGUGGACUCUCGGCGCCGCCGGCCGCGCCGCGACCUCCCGGCUCCAGCGGCAACGCGUCGGCAAGCGAGUACGGCCCGGAGUUCCCGCCGACGUACGAUCAACGGCUGGCGUUGGCGGAGGUGCGCGUGGCGAUGGACCCUGAGGGCUUGGAGCUGGAGUCGUGGGACUCGGACGUCGGCUGGGCCUUCUGGAUGGGCGUUGAAUGCGACCAGUGGAACCAAGUCGUCAAACUGUCGCUGGGCGGCAACGAGCUGACGGGGAGCAUCCCCGAAGGCAUCUCGCACCUCACCGCGCUGCAACACCUGGACCUGUCCAACAACCGCAUCAACGGCUCGCUGCCCAGCUCCCUCUCCAACCUCACCGCCCUGCGCCACCUCGACCUGCAUCAGAACGCCAUCACCGGCCCGCUGCCCUCCUCCCUUGCCGCGCUCUCCCUGCUCACCCGACUUGACCUGCACGAGCUUGACUUCACGCCCGCCCCUCUGCCGCCCGCUCUUGGCGCCCUCUCCUCCCUCCGCUACCUCUUGUCCCCUUCCCUCCUCCACCUCGUUCCCCUCUCACCCCCCAAGAGCGACCUGUCAUACACGCACCUCACCGGCCCUCUGCCCGCCUCCAUUGCCAACCUCUCCGCCCUCAACUUCCUCUCGGUGGACGGCAACGCCCUGACGGGCUCCAUCGACUUCUUCCCGCCCAACUCCUCCCUCCAAGCCAUCCUAGCGGGGCACAACCAGCUGCAGGGGGCGGUGCCGGACGUGGCGAUGCACCCGCGCCUGCGCCUGCUGUCACUGCACGACAACAACCUCACUGGCCCCGUGCCCGCUGCCGACCUCAACUCCACCACCACUGUCGUCCUGGCGGGCAACCCCCUGUGCACAUCAGCCAAGUACUACCGCACGUGCAACGUGUGGCAGCAGCGCCGCCUGUGCACGCUACCGUGCAGCGGCAGCGGGGAGAGCCCCAGCCCCGUGGAGUACGUGCAGUCGCAGGCGUGCGUGUGCGCGCUGCCCCUCGUCGUGCGCCUCUUCCUGCAGAACCCCUCCUACACGCUCUUCAAUGCCGAAUACGCCGACCUCUUUCAGCGCGACGUGGAGACGCAACUGCAGCUGCAGGAGGGGCAGGGCAACACGAGGUUCGCUCUGCCCCCUCCGUCUCCUUCACAUGCCGCCCACUCAUUCCGGCAACCCACUCAUUUCUGCAACCCACUCAUUUCUGCCGCUCACUCAAUCAUCCACCCACUCGCGCAUGCUGCCCAUCUAAUCAUGCCCACUCAAGACAUGCCGCCCAGUUGGUCGUUCCACCCAGCAACAUAUGUGUGUGCAUGCAUGCAUGUGUGUGAGCAGGCGUGGUUGGACAGUGUGAGUCAGCGCGAGGACAACCUCGAGGUCGCCACGCUGCGCUUCUACCCCGCCCAGGUCACCUGCACGCCACCCUAUGUGCUCUCCACGCCUCCUGGUGGCCUCCUCUCGCUGCUUGCACUCGCUCACCCACACACCAUCCCUCGCUCCUUCCAUUGCCUAUAUUAUGGCCCACCACCCCCGCCAGUGCCCAGCCCGUCACCACCCCCUCCCACGCUGGCUGUCACCACUGAAAGCAGUACGCCCCCCCCUCCCUGCCUCCCCUACCACUGCCUCUCCUCAAGCCGUGUGCUUCCUUCCCACUCUUCCCUCAUCCCAAUAUUCACUACUUGCACUCUUUACUCAUCCCAAGUUUCACUCCUUGGACUCAGCACGUUCCCGGUGUGGGCCAUUGUGGUCACGGCAGUGGGGCUGCUGUGCUUUGGCGCCUCGCUGCUGCUGCUGCUGCUCUGGCUGCGCCACCAGCGCAGACGCCAGAUGCUCCGUGAGUGCCGCCCGCAUGCUGAGAGUAGGAAGGAUCAGACGGAUCGGUAUGAUAGUUGUGGUGUGAAGGGGCAGGAGUGGCUUGAGGGAGCAGGAGCAGUGGAGCGUGCUGUGAGGUGUGGAGAAGCAACAAGAGCUCAUCUGGUCUCAAACCCUUUGCGCGAGCCCCUGCCGCACCUGGUCCCCUUGCCUGUGCCCAAUGCAAUAAAUGCAGUUACUAACCUCGAGCUCCUUUGCGUGGUUCCCUCAGCCAACGCUAACCCUGCUCGUGCUGAGCUGAUGCCGCGAACGUCAACCCUCCUCCCACCCACCACCACAGGGCCCACCAAGUCGAAGCUGACUCAGCGGCUGCAGGAGCAGUUUGUGCGCCCCAUCGCGCUGGCGGAGAUCGAGGCCGCCACCGACUCGUUCGCGGACGCGCGGCUGCUGGGCGUGGGCGGGUACGGGUCGGUGUACCGCGGGGACGGGCCCAACGGGGAGGAGUGGGCCGUGAAGCGCGCGCAGGUCGCCACUGUGCAGUCCAUGGGCGUGUUUCAGAACGAGGUGCGCGUGAACAUCAGCCAUGAGCCGCCGCCACCUCAUAGCACUGCUCUGAAAGGCGUAAGCCACCCAAACCCUCCCCCCCCAACCGAUCAUUGCCCAUCUCACCCCUCCCCAUCCUUACCCACCACCCCCCCCUCUGCCCGCCAGGUGGACGUGAUAUCAGCCAUGAGUCACCGCAACCUGAUAGCGCUGCUGGGGUACUGCGAGGACAAGGGCGAGCAGAUCCUCGUCUACGAGUUCGCUGCUCACGGCACCCUCAGCGCGCACCUGCGCCCGCCCGCCGGUGAGCGCCACUCCAUGGGUGGCACUGUGGGGCUGUGUGCCCCUACUCUUUUCUCGCCCUCUAUUCCCCUCCCCUCUUAA